AUGACUAUUAGAGUUAUACUGUCCAUUGCACUGUCUAAAGGUUGGUCUGUUAGACAAGUGGAUAUUAAUAAUGCUUUUUUGAAUGGAACCCUACAGGAAAUGGUCUACAUGAAACCACCAGAAGGGUUUCACAACAGCAAUCCAAAUCUGGUGUGUAGAUUAAAGAAGGCAAUCUAUGGGUUAAAACAAGCUCCAAGAGCUUGGUUUGGCAAACUAGCCUCUGCACUUGUAUCCUAUGGAUAUGUUUCAGCUAAAUGUGAUCAUUCAUUAUUUAUACAUAGUACUGCUAACAGUAUCACAUAUAUGCUUGUGUAUGUUGAUGACAUUCUUAUCACAGGAAACAAUGUUGACUUUGUGCAACAUGUUAUCUCUAACUUAAAUAAAAUUUUCCCCUUAAAGGAUCUUGGAGAAUUGCACUACUUUCUUGGAAUAGAAGCCAAAAGUCUCAAUGAUGGUAAGUUAUUCUUAAGUCAGUCCAAAUAUGCUUCUGACUUGUUGCAUAAACUUAUGCAGGAUGCCAAACCUGUGAAGACUCCUCUUGUUCCUGGAUGCAAAUUUCAGUCUACAAGAACAGAAGCAGCUGAAGAUCCAAGCCUGUAUCGUUCUAUUGUUGGUGCUCUUCAGUAUCUAACCAUUACCAAACCAGAUCUUGCUUUUACAGUCAACAAACUGUGUCAAUAUAUGCACAGGCCAUUACAAAGUCACUGGAAGAUUGUUAAGAGGGUAUUACGGUACAUAAAUGGGACGCGUGAUCAUGGUCUGCUCUUUGAAAAGUCACAUAAUUUGCAUCUAAUCGACUACUGUGACAGUGAUUGGGCCUCUGAUCAAGAUGAUAUGCGGUCCACCUCUGGUUACUGUUUGUUCCUUGGCAGCAACAUGAUAUCCUGGAUGGCCAAGAAGCAACAAGUCGUGUCCAGAAGCAGCAUAGAGGCAGAGUAUAAAAGCCUUGAAGCUUUGGUAGCAGAACACUACAAGAAAAUUACAUAUUAG